AUGGAAAGCUGUCCCCAACCUUGUGUGCCGCAGUCGCACAUUUAUGCAGACAUUGAUUUCAAUGUUCGCUCACUUUUGUUGAUUUUGGGUGACAUGUCAACUACUGAUGAAGGCGACAUCCUAGAAAUAGAAGAUAUUUAUCAGUUACGCGAGGACCUUGAGAUUUUGAUUCGAAAUGUAUCGUAUUAUCAUCCAAGAAUUCAGGAACUCCAUGAAAGGAUUUCUUCGUUGAAAACAACGGUUGAUCAGUUUACAAAACAAGAAAUCAGUAUAGAAGAGAGGGUCAGAUCUCAAUAUCAGCUACAGUGGGAUGAAACGAAAGACAGAUUCACGGAUGUUUCAAUAGUUUGCAACAACGAGCGUGAACGAAUCGAAGAACUUGAAAAGAAUGAAAUAAGAUAUAAAAGAGCAUUGGAAAACAAAAAUAGCAGAAUAAAGUCACUAGAAGAGAAGGUUGCCACCCUGUCGGAGAGCAAUGAAAAAUUAUCUUCCACAGUUAGCGAAUUGAAAGAGUGGAAUGUAACAUUUGCAAACACAAAAGAUCGGAUUUUGAAGAAUACUCACAAUCGACUCUCCAUGUGCAAUGCAGAAUUAUCUUUCUUCAAAACAACAUUCAACGAGACCAUCGGAAUGAGGAUGUAUGAUGAGUGGGUAUUUGACAAAACAAGAAUUCAACAGUAUUGGGACGCACAGAUCAUGCAGACAACAAAUAUCAUAAGGAAUAUCUACAACAUUCGACUUGAGGCAGAACGGCGAUACCUUGCACAACAGUAUCAAAUGAAAAUGAACAAAUCGGAAACAGAGAUACAGAAGUUCAAGAAAAGUUAUAAAGCACAACUGAUACAAUUGCAAGAAAAGGUUGCAAAAGUUCAAGAAUUAUGGAAGAAAAUGGAAUCUAAUUGCUCAUCUUCGAAUAAUCGACAAAGAUGCACGAGACUGAGGGGAGAAUUUCGCAUCAUGGUUGACAUCGUUGUCACAAAACUUGCAGAUCUAAG